AUGAAUCAGCGUCCUUCUAGUCGUCCAAAAGCUUCCUUGUAUGUUGGAGACAUACACCAACAUGUUACCGAGGCAAUGCUCUACAACCACUUCAGUCCCGCCGGGACCAUCCACUCUAUCCGCGUCUGCAGAGACAGGGUCAACAAGCGCUCUCUGGGUUAUGCCUAUGUCAACUUCAAGAGGUCAGUGGAUGCCGAGCACGCCUUAGAUUUCUUGAAUUUUAAACUGACUGAUGGCUCUCCGAUUCGUGUAACUUGGGCCCACCAGCGCGACCCGACCAUGACAAAGAGCGGUGUGGGUAAAGUCUUUAUUAAGAACCUGGACACGUCAAUAGAUAACGAAAAUCUAUACGACACCUUCUCUGGCUUCGGCAAAAUCUUGUCGAGCAAGAUUGCAUGUGGUAACAAUGGCUCAAAGGGCUAUGGUUUUGUUCAAUUUGAGACCGCGGAGGCUGCCGAGAAAUCUAUAGAAAGAUUGGACGGUAUGCUGUUUAAUGACAGAAAAGCAUUUGUGGGCCGCUUCAAAUCUCGCAAGGAGCGCCAAGCUGAGCGAUUUGGUUCAUGCGCAAAGUUCACCAAUAUCUACAUCAAGAACUUUGGACAGGAUGUGGAUGAGCAGAAGCUGACAGAGGUGUUCAGCAAGUAUGGAAAGAUCACGAGCGUCUGUGUCAUGAAGGAUGAGAAUGGCAAGUCCCGAGGGUUCGGCUUUGUGAACUUUGAGAGGCACGAGGAUGCGCAAAAAGCUGUGGAUGACAUGAAAGGAAUGCAAAUUAGCGGCAAGCUGAUCUAUGUUGGCCGCGCCCAGAAGAGGUUAGAGCGUCAGUCCAAGCUCAAGCGUUGGUUCCAGCAGAACCAGGCUCGCAUGACAUGCCCUUCUAAGCAGCUGUUCACCAAUAUCUACAUCAAGAACUUUGGACAGGAUGUGGAUGAGCAGAAGCUGACAGAGGUGUUCAGCAAGUAUGGAAAGAUCACGAGCGUCUGUGUCAUGAAGGAUGAGAAUGGCAAGUCCCGAGGGUUCGGCUUUGUGAACUUUGAGAGGCACGAGGAUGCGCAAAAAGCUGUGGAUGACAUGAAAGGAAUGCAAAUUAGCGGCAAGCUGAUCUAUGUUGGCCGCGCCCAGAAGAGGUUAGAGCGUCAGUCCAAGCUCAAGCGUUGGUUCCAGCAGAACCAGGCUCGCAUGACAUGCCCUUCUAAGCAGCUGCAGCACAUGAGUGCCCAGAUCCACUCCAAGACCAAAGCCCAGGUCAAGGUCCAGACCCUGACCCAGGAAAAUGCCCAGGUCGAGACCCAGCCUAAGAUGGAAAAUGAUGAGGUGAUCCACCUGCUGGGAUCUCCACAGGCUCUGCACUCUAAGAUCAAUCAGGCAAUGGCUGCCUUUCGUGCCUCCCGGAUGAAUGUGGCCAAGGUUAUGUCCCAGCUUAACCUCCAGACACCUUUGAGGAUCACCACCUUGCACCAGGCUAACCAGGACUUCAAAUCUUCUGCAGCUGAGACCAGCCUGACGAAGCUUGUUGAUGGUCUCCACGGAGUCGUGGGAAGGGAGACCUUCUUGCAGCUUGAAGACCUCAAGCCUGUCGCAGCCAGAGACCUGAGCCUGCUUCACCUGAGCAGAGAGCUUCAACCAGAAACGGCGGUUUCUUCCAAGAGCCAUGUUGGCUCCAUAGCUGCUCCCAGGCAGAAAGCAAAGAAGAAGGGAGGAGGAUGUUUCUGUGGCCUCAUGAGGGCUUUCGGGAGAGCUGAUUGCACUGUGGGUGAGAAGACCUAUGGUGGAAUCUUACAUGCAGAGAACAUCACCUCCAUGAAAGCUGCUGCAUCUGCAGUGAAGAAUGGAGAUGCUGAUCAGUUUCCCACUACUCUGUAA